AAUGCACACACACAUGUACAUUCGACCUUCUUUCACCUUCCAUGGCUUCUUCUUCUUCUUCUUCUCCAAAGACACCAGUUCUUUCUCCACACUUGAUUGUUAUUUUCUUGGCAACAAUAAUAUUACUACCAUCAAAUACACAUGCAUCUUUGAGAAAAUUUAAAUCCAUAAUUAGUUUCGGCGAUUCUUUGGCCGACACCGGCAACCUCGCCCGAGUCUUCCCAUCAUUAGAUAUCGCCUCCGACCUUGGGAACUUCCUACAGCUCCCUUAUGGCGAAACCUUCUUUCAUCGCCCCACCGGCCGCUGGAGCAAUGGCCGCCUCGUUAUCGACUUCAUUGCUCAAAAAUUUGGGCUUCCAUUUAUCCGGCCGUUCUUGGGAAGCUGCGCCGACGGCAAUGCCUUCGGCUGCACUAUCGAUGAUUUCCGACAUGGCGUAAAUUUUGCUGUGGCCGGAGCGACGGCAUUGGAUAAAGAAUUUUUCGAUAAGUAUGGGGUGGAAAUUACAUUUCCAUUUGCAUCUCUUAAGAAUCAGUUGAGUUGGUUCGAACAUCAGUUCUUGCCUGUCGUCUGCCUUGAACCUCAAGAUUGCAAAACAUAUCUCGAAAACACAUUGUUCUUCGUUGGAGAGAUCGGAGGGAACGACUACAACGACCCUUUCUUUAAAUCCAACAAAACUCUCGACGUGGUUCAAGAAUUCAUCCCUCAUGUCGUGAAAGCAAUCACUUCAACCGUUGUUGAGCUGAUCAAGCUUGGAGCAAAAACCCUAAUUGUGCCGGGGAACUUCCCCAUCGGGUGUAAUUCUAAAUACCUCACAAAAUACCAGUCUUCGAACAAAAGUGAUUAUGAUCCAGAAACAGGUUGUCUAAAUUGGUUGAACGAGCUGUCCCGACAGCACAACAUGGCUCUUCGCGCACAACUCGGUUGCAUCCAAAACCAAAACCCUAAUGUCGCCAUCGUUUAUGCAGACAAUUAUGGUGCUUCUAUGCGCCUCUAUCACAACCCCGAAAAAUUUGGAUUUUCGAGAUUAGGAAGCCUUUAUUCAUGUUGUGGAGGUGAAGGGCCAUACAAUAUCAGUUUAACAACAAACUGCGGCAGCCCGGGAUCUUACACAUGUCCGGAUCCGUCCAAGUACAUUUGUUGGGAUGGUUUGCAUUUUACGGAAGCGGCUAAUAGACACAUAGCCAACAUUUUGGUCGAAGAAUCCUUCGAUGGUCCGACUCUCACUGAUGAAGGUUACCAUUGUUCAUCUGAUAUGGUCACUGAUGUUUGAUCAUGUAUAUAAUCUAGUAUGAUUAUUACCUUUGUGUCUUGUUAAGAAUAUUGAUAUAAAGACGAUGCAAAUUGUACUAAUGAUCUGUAACUCGGGAUAAUUCUUCUCCGUGCAAAAUUUAAUUAAAUCCGCAUAUUU